AUGGAGAUUCGCAUUGCACCAAAGCCUCUGGCAGCCAUGCAACCCGCCCCUGCUCCUUCGGUCCUUGCUGCGGCCCGGCCAACAGGCAUAAGUAUGCUUCAAAAACCAACAGUUCUACCACCUCGGCGAGCUGGCCGCCGCCGCAAAACGGCGGAGCAUUACACAGCACUAUCUGCUGCGGCAGCUCCUUCGGUACUAUAUCGUCCAUCGAUGGCCUUACCGCUUCAACCAAUCGAGAAUAUGUACUUCGAACUUUUCCGCCUACAUACAGCCUCCCAGCUCUCAGGCUACUUCAACUCGAACUUCUGGACUCAGCGAGUUCUGCAAGAAUGUCACAGCGAAACCGCCAUCCGCCACUCCGUUGUUGCCCUUGGUGCCUUGUACAAGACUCUGGAAUUGUCCUUCGAAACUCCCUACGACGUGGACAUGCAGCGCCACACCGACUCCAUCAUGUCACAUUGGCAAGUCGCCAUCAAGCAGUACUCUGAAGCUUGCAACGCAGUUCUAUCUGUCAAGGGUGACACCAUGAACAGCCAUAAUACGCGUUUAGUUGCUAUCGUACUCCUUGCUUGCUUCGACUCCUUCAUAGGCGACCACAAGCAAGCAAUUAUUCAAAUUCAGACUGGCCUCAGCAUCCUGGGGCAGUCACAGCGACGACAUUCCUCAAACCUUUUAACCGCUCUGGGCACCAACCCCGACGAAUUGGUCACCCUCUUUAGCCGCCUCGCCAUUCAAGCAAAAUCAUAUGAUCUUGCUUUCCACUUCCCUCAGCCUUAUGUCGUCAAGCUUGGUUCUACAGCAGAGUACCCCGACUCCCCGGGAUCCGAUAGGAGCUCGCCGUCCGUCAUUGGCAGUCCCCCUAGGGAGGGCGUUUUCGAGACAUUGGCCGAGGCACGACUGGCCUCUGACAAGUUGUGCAUGGCGCUGCUCAUGUUUGUCGAACAGCUCCAUGCCGCCAAAACGGACCCAAGCUAUGUUCUUCCUGCAGCGUGGAAGGUAUACGGCAUGGGUCUGAAAGACCGACUGACAGCUUGGUCAGAUGCAUUUGAACCUAUUUUGAUGUCGCGCCAUGACCCAGGCAUGCCAUACAUUGAAAGGGCCGGCAUUGCUGCGCUCAAAAUGUUCCAGGUCAACUCAAACAUUAUUUUCCUCAUGCUCUUCUGUGACAACGAACUGCAAUUUGAUUCCUUCAUGCCGAAUUUCAAAAUGAUCGUCGAUCUCGGCUGGGAAGUCGUCGGUGCCGACGAGAGCAGAUUCGCCGCCGAACAGCACGUACAAACGCCUGACCAGCCGCAGUACUCCCACGGCACCAAGGGUGCCUUCAAGGCAGGCAAGUACGGCGCAGGCCGCCUGAAGCCCAGCUUUUCGGCUGACCUAGGCAUCGUCCCGCCGUUGUUCGUGGUGGCGACCAAGUGCCGCGACCCGUGGCUCCGCCGCCAGGCCAUCCAGCUGCUUAAGAGCAGCGCCCGCCGCGAGGGCAUGUGGGACAGCGAGCUCACCUCCAACAUUGCCACCUGGGUCAUGCAGCUGGAGGAGCAGGGCGUGCCUGGUGGUGGUGGAGCCGCGGUGCCGUCCGCCUUUGACCCGCGCAACCCCGCGGCCGCCGGCUACACGGACGCCGCCGGCGUUGUCCAGCGCACCAUCCCGGACGACCGCCGCAUCAUGCUCAAGGCGGCAGACUUUGAUCUCCGCGCGCGCUAUGCGGAUAUUAUCGUCGGUACUCGCGCUGUGUAUAAUGGCAACUUGGAUGUGCGUCUCAAGAAGACGCGCAUUACCUGGUAG